AUGGUCAAAUUUGAUUUAUCUGUUAUUAGCUCACGCAACGGAAUAGCAGUCUACGAAAUAUUGAUUGGACGACCAAAGUUUGAUCCCCAUCAUCGUUAUGAUUUGCCUGGUCCAAGUUUCGCAUUUCCAUCUGAUAUCCGGUCACGGGGCUCAUCAACUUCAAGCCCAGAAAAAACUUCAACAAUAUACACGGGAGAUGGAAGCUAUUUUGAAGCGUGGCGGCGUCAGGGAAAGACGCAUCACACAGUGCUUUGGCCCCUUCAGCCUCAAAGUCGCCGUCCUCUCUCACAUACACUCUCUCUCUCUCUCUCUCUCGCACAAACUUUCUUGUACUCAAGAUCUGUUGCAAGGGAGAUAAUUGAAGUGAGAUGUACUGAGUAUACCUCUGGAAUUUCAGGCACUAGUAUAAAGAGAAGCAAAAUGGGGAUCACACGGAAGUCAGAAUCUGAGGACCAAAUUGAGCGCAAAGCAUUUGAUGACACAAAAGCUGGCGUCAAGGGGCUCGUUGAUGCCGGAGUCACCAAGAUUCCUCCUUUGUUCCGUCAUCCUCUUGAUCAUUCUGAACAACCUUCGAAUUUGGGAGACACGAAGCAUGUUAUUCCUGUUAUAGACCUCACGGAUGGUGAUAAAGUGCCCAGCAAGCGCCAAGAAAUUGUUACCAGAGUUAGGGAAGCUUCUGAGACGUGGGGUUUCUUUCAGGUGGUCAACCAUGGUAUUCCUCUGCAUGUUCUUGAUGAGAUUAUAAAUGGAGUUCGAAUGUUUCAUGAGCAAGACUUGGACGUCAAAAAGGAACUAUACACACGUGAUCUAAUGAAACCAUUUUUGUAUAAUAGCAACUUUGAUCUUUACAGUUCACCAGCUCUGAAUUGGAGAGAUACUUUUCGAUGUUACAUUGCUCCUAAUCCUCCAAAACCAGAAGAGCUGCCAGAAGUAUGCAGAGACAUACUAUUAGAAUACGGGGAAUACGUAAUGAAAUUGGGGACAUUGCUAUUUGAGUUUUUAUCAGAAGCUCUUGGUCUGCACCCCAACCAUUUGAAAGACAUUGGUUGUGCCGAAGGACUUGCCACUUUUGGCCAUUACUAUCCUGCUUGUCCUGAACCAAACUCAACUCUGGGAACCUCCAAACACUCUGAUAGUGAUUUUCUCACAGUACUUCUCCAGGACCAUGUUGGCGGCCUUCAGAUUCUUUAUCAGGACACAUGGGUUGAUAUUCCGCCUGUUCCUGGAGCUCUAGUGGUUAACCUCGGUGAUCUUUUGCAGCUGAUAACAAAUGACAGAUUCAAGAGUGCAGAACAUAGAGUAUUGGCUAAUCUCAAGGGUCCAAGAAUAUCUGUUGCUAGCUUUUUUAGGGAGAAUUCGAAGUCAUCACCAAGGUCAUAUGGACCCUUAAAGGAGCUAUUAUCUGAAGAUAACCCUCCAAAAUACAGAGAAACCACUGUUGCAGAGUAUGUAAACUUUUACUAUGCGAAAGGGCUAGAUGGGACCUCAGCUCUGUCACAUUUCGAGAUUUAAGUCUUUUUUUUUUUUAAAGUCAUUUAAACAGAUAAAAUUAGUGUACCAAAUAAAAUAAACUAUGAAAGGGAAAAAAAAAAAAAAACUGUUGAACUUGGUAA